AUGCCCACGCCCUCGUCGAGCGCGCCCGAACCCCAGUCGCCUCGUUCUUUCUCCUUCUCAUCAUGUCCUGAUCCUGAGGAGCUGCUGUCUAACAUGCCGUCCACAUCCCACUCCCAACUGCCCCCAGCUCUGUCUCCGCAGUCGCCCGAGUCACCACAAUCGCCCUCGAGCUGGCAUCCCCGCCCCCCGGUUGCCUACGAAACAGAUGUCAACAUGACGAACGAACCUAUUGCGGCGCAGUCUCCGCGAUCAGCCACCAUGUCACCGCAGCCUCUGUCGGAGAGACCCCUUCCGGAACCAGAGUUCGAAGUCGAAGGGACGGUGCCCGUGCCAGAUCAGCCAGAUGAAUCACAGAAGCAACCUGACCAGGAUGAGGAGAUGGUUAGCCCUGAGAAUGAUGCCAGUGGUGGUGGCAAUACUGGCGAAGGAGCGGUCGCAAGACCACCAAACACAACAAUGGGGGAAUCAUCGAGUAGGAGGAGGUCAAGAUGUGAAAAACAAUCUCCGGUUGUCGGGGAGCUUUACGAGGUGGAUAUCUGGGGGCCAGUAGGGAACGGCCCUCGAUGGGUUGAGGACAGAGGGCUAGUGGGACUGGGGCACGAGUUCUCUCUCAUGAGGUCCAUACCAACCACGCCUUCGUCCUUCUUGCGGCCGGGAAGCAAGUUUGAGGGGUCUCAGGAAUCGGAGCGACAACGGUACGAUGUAGAGGUGGAAAUCAAAUACGUCGACAUGCGCGAGUCGUUUUUGUGUGGUUAUCUGAAGAUUCAGGGUUUGACCGAUGACCACCCAACACUUACGACCUAUUUUGAAGGCGAGAUUAUCGGCCCCAAGUACGGCUUCAUCACACAACACCCAACAUGGGGCGCAACAGACAAGAUUGAUCUCUCCCAUUGGGGAAAGUUUGCGCCUUUCCGUCCCUAUGCUAAGCAAGCGCGUAAGGGCGGUCAGAUCCUGGUCAAGGACAUGGCCCAGCGGGAGAACAUCUUCAUGCGGUGGAAAGAGCACUUUCUUGUGCCCGACCACCGGGUGAGGACGAUCAACGGGGCCAGUUUUGAGGGGUUCUAUUACAUUUGCUUUAAUCAGGUGAAGGGGGAGGUGAGCGGGAUCUACUUUCACAGCAAGAGUGAAAAGUUUCAACGGCUAGAGCUGAGACAUGUACCCAACAAGGGGUGUUAUGGCGCCGUGGAGUUCAGAUGA